AUGCUGUUUCUGCAGGUGGCUGAAAAAGAGGCUCUCCAAGCCAGACAAGAGGAGGAGAAAGCCGAGCAUCGGAGGAAAGCCAAGGCAGAUAAAAAAGGCCAAAAAAAGAGCCAGAAAGCAAACAGAACGGGGGAUAAACGGAAAGCUGAAGAUGAGUACGAGGAGGAAUGGGGAGAGGAUGCAGAGCUGCCGUCCAAGAGGCUCCGAGGGGAGGAAGGCUUUGGUAGCACAGCCACAGAGGAGCUCAUGGAGACAGAAAGUGGUCUUUUCGGCCGCCGAGCUCCACCAUCACGUAAAUCUGAGCCACCCGGUUUCCGUAAGAACCAACAGGGACUGUCUGAAGCCCCGCGACAACCCCUGGACACGUCAAAGGAGCAGCGCAAAGAUGAAGAUAGUGUAUUUGUCAGUAACUUGGCUUUUAAUCUGGAGGACCCAGAGAACAAGCUGCGAACAUUUUUUCAGGGUUGUGGGACUGUACAGCAGGUGCGGCCCGUGUUUACAGUGAAAGGUGCGUUUAGAGGCUAUUGCUAUGUGCAGUUUGAGGACAGACUGGCUGUAUCCGAGGCACUGAAACUGGACAGGCAGGAGGUGGAUGGGCGGCCCAUAUAUGUGUCUCCUUGUGUGGACAAGAAUAAGAAUCCUGACUUCAAGGUUUUUAAGUACAAAACAGCAGUGGAGAAGCACAAGAUCUUUAUCUCGGGCCUGCCGUACUCCUGCACUAAAGAGACACUGGAGGAUCUCUGUAAACAGCACGGCACAGUGAAAGCCAUCCGGCUCAUCACCAACCGCUCCGGCAAACCCAAGGUGUGUGUGCGUCUCCGCGGGCCUCUCAUUCCUCAAGCAUGGCACUGGAGGCCUCCUCCUUCUCCCGAACGCUCGAGGCUGGACGAUUGGUUCCUGGGGGCGCAGGCCGGUCGUCGGCAGCCUCCUCCGGUUCCAUUCUUCCCGGAAGUGCAUGAGGAGGUGACUAAGUCUUGGAGGGCACCUUUUUCUGCCCGAAACAGGCCUGGUGCCUCCUCCGUCCUCACCACCCUCGACGGUGGGGCGGCCCAAGGGUAUGUGGACAUCCCCCCCAGUCGAGUGCGAUAUUGCCAUGUAGCUCUGCCCGCAAAUGCUGCUGGACAGGCCGCUUCCGCCCUGCACGCCAUGGCCCUCCUGCAAGUCCACCAGGCCAAGGCGUUGAAGUUCUAG